UAGGACGACGACAUCGCUGCAUUUUCAAAGUUUCAUCGAAAACCCCCGAUAAUUCUCCCUUAAUCUUCUCUCCAAAAUCUUACGCUAAUGCUGCAAAUAUUAAAAUUUCUCCCCUCUUCAUCAAUUCGGAAGCCAUGGUUAUGGAGUCUCAAUCAGAGAAAUCCAUUCUCUUCUCUCACUGUCGACAGAGAAGGCAGAACGGAAAUUCUCAAACUCGAAGAAAUCGAGAAAGUUCUGUCCGAAGUUAGGGCUGAUGAUGUGCGUGUGAUUCGCGUCGGAGACCGAUGUGAUCUUACUGAUUUUAUGGUUUUUGCUACCGGAAGGUCUUCCUGGCAUGUUCGCAAUAUUGCUCAAGCCCUAAUUUACAAGGCUAAACAGAAGCAAAAGGAUGCGAAGAGGAUGUUGUUACCUAGUGUGGAAGGGGAUCAAAGUGCCAAUUGGAUUGUUGUUGAUUCUGGUUCAGUGAUUGUUCAUGCUUUAGAUGAAAAAGCCAGAGCUUACUAUGAUUUGGAAAACCGUUGGACGGCGAAGAAACCACCAGCUGAAUCAGGCCAGGAACUGGAUAGAGUGAUGGCUAAGGUCCGACCCAAAAACAAUUCUAAAAAGCAAGUGCAACCGAAAGCUUAGGUCAUAGGAUUGGUUUCAUAUUAUAAUCAAGUGAUUACAUCAGGAAAAAUUGCCCAGCACGUGUUUCCUUUGAAGUGUUUAUGCUCUAUCGAUCGUAAAGGUUUAUGUUUAUACACUAGAUCACAUCUUUUUUACUAUCGGUGAUAAUAGAUAUCUUAACAUGGUCGGAUCCUUGUAGUAAAAAGACACAUUUGAUUAUGGGAGGAUCUGUUAGGAAUAAUUGUGCAAGCGAAAUCACGAAAUGUAGUGCAAGCAGAAGACACUGAAGCUGUAAAAUGUCAUUUUGUAAGAAUUCUCUUUUUGACUUUGUAGCUUUAUUUGGUAAUUGAUUUUUCGGCCAUUUUGUACU